CUUUUACGAAUAAUUAAUGAAAUGUAUUCCUAAACUUCAAUUACUUGAGGUACUCCUCAGUCUAAGCAUAGGGUUUCUCAUGGGUUGAGUUGUUGAGGUCUUGACUUUCUACAUGUUAAUCUCGCUUUUCUUGCACCCUCUCGCUAACCCGAGCUCAUCAAUGCAGUUGCAAUCCGUCCUCACUCGUACUCGUCUCCCCGCUUCCCGUCAAUCCCCUCAUCUAAGUUAGGAUAUCCGGUUGUAGGAACAAUGGGCCUUGAGUUGCCGAACCUAUCAGCCGCAAUCCUUCCAAGAAUAAUCCUUGACCAAUUCCCUGACUGAUUUUCAUACACGUGCACCAGCAUCCGGAGAAGAUAGUCGAGUGGAUGUCAAUGAAAAGGUGUCUCCAAGUACUAACGUAAAAAAGUUAUCAUGAUGGCCCCGAGUCUAGGCAUGAUAACCUAGUACGUGUACAGUAAUGGCGGGGCUGAUAGCUUCACACAAAAGAGGCUGAGAAACGACUUUUUUUUUUAUGGCGCCGGAACAGGAGGGGCAAAAACGGCGAGGAAAAGAAGGUGUGAAAAAAUCCGAACUUUUACCCCACCAUUCAGGUUCCCUUCCAGAACAUGUCAAAAUUCAACUACCUCUCACAAGCUCGUCACCAUCACCACAUCGAGAAGUGUAAUCCUCAUCGAUUUCCAAACAACGAGAUAUAACCGACGUUGAGCCCUGGCUAGACGGUGCAGAGCUACCGCUUUCUGUCAUACUCUUCUGCCGCAUCAGCCCCUCUAUCUCAAGCAAGCGGGGCUGCUUAGAACCUGUAGCUACCUGGUAGCCUUGACCCUGGAGCUAUCAAAUCCGAUCUUGGCCCUUGUUCUUGACAAACAAAACGAACAACGUACAAUAUUUUUGUAUCUUCAACAACAUGAGCAAGUUCGGUGCCAUGAUCAUGGGCCCUGCGGGCGCGGGCAAGUCAACUUUCUGCGCCGCCCUCAUCACCCAUCUUAAUCUUAAUCGCCGUUCUGCCUUCUACAUUAACCUCGAUCCUGCCGCCGAAUCAUUUGAACAUGAACCAGAUCUUGACAUCAAAGAACUUAUUUCCCUCAAAGAUGCUAUGGAGGAAGUUGGCCUCGGACCUAAUGGUGGCCUGAUAUAUUGUUUUGAGUUCCUUAUGGAGAACCUCGACUGGUUGACCGAAGCUCUCGACAGUCUGACCGAAGAAUACCUCAUUAUCUUCGACAUGCCCGGUCAGAUCGAACUAUACACACAUGUCCCUAUUCUACCGGCUCUAGUCAAAUUUCUGUCCCAGCCGGGCUCUCUUGACAUCCGCAUGGCCGCUGUCUAUCUCCUGGAAGCGACAUUCGUCGUCGAUCGAGCAAAGUUUUUCUCUGGCACCCUUAGUGCCAUGAGUGCCAUGCUCAUGCUCGAGGUGCCACACAUCAACAUCCUGUCCAAGAUGGACCUCGUUAAGGGCCAAGUGAAGAAGAAGGAUCUCAAGCGCUUCCUUACACCUGACGUAGGUCUGCUUGACGAUGACCCUAUCGAGCGUGCGCGUCGUGUUACAGAGGGUCCUGAAGCCGAAGAUGACGAGUCAAAGGCACCUGACGAGAAGGAACAAGUAAUGAAAGGUGCUAGUUUCCGACGACUGAACCGAGCUGUGGCUGGCUUGAUCGAGAGCUUCAGUAUGAUCAAUUAUCUCAGGCUAGACGUGACCAACGAGGACAGCGUCGGUGCUAUUCUGAGCUACAUUGAUGACUGCAUACAAUUCCACGAAGCUCAGGAUCCCAAAGAGCCCCAUGAUGAGGAAUAUGAGGAUCAUGACGACUAGUGUGGAUGUAAUGGCAAAUGAAUAACCUGGGAAAAGGGAAAUAUGUGGUAUCUUGAUAGUAGUAUUGCAUAGCGCCGGCGUUACUGAUUGCUUCUCAUAGUCUGAGAUAGAAUUGAGCUUGGACGUGAUGUGUCACAGUCCCGCUCUUUUUCCUAACCUGCCCUCUUCCACCUCUUUCGUGAUAAAUCAUAAGAAUUAUGCUGAUGGAUGACUUAUGCUGUAUGGUCAUGGUAUACCCGUG